AUAAAAAUUCUGAAGGUUGGUUAAAUUGUCAUAUCUUGACUCCGUUAAUUGAUGACUGCUUUUUAACAUGUGAAGAAAUCAAGUUCAUCGGUGAAAUGAUGUCAUUGGCAUCCAUUGAGCGUAAAAACUUAUCAAGAGAAGAAUUGGAAGAAAUAUUCUCUUUCGCAUCGAUGACACAGAAUAUUUUGGAUCAAUUAGACCGUCUCUUAAAGAAGUUAAAAUUUACAAGGGAAACAAUUAAGGAGAUAAAGAAUAUAGCUAUACAUGGAGUAAAUCAAGGAGGUCUUAAUGGAAAGAUCUAUGCAAUGUAUUAUGACACCGAUCUUCAAUAUUAUUUUGUCUUUGAGACAUGUCGGUAUCGAAUCGGUACUACGUGGGGAAGUAUUCUGGAAAGUCUCGCGUCUUUAAAAGAAUUUUUGUGUUUAAAG